UACUGGCAAAAUACUUGUGCGCUAUGUGAAGGGGGAGCGUCAUCGCUUCGUCGUCUUCCCUCGUAAACAUGUCCUUUGGCGUUUCUUCUUCUUCUUGUUGGAGCUUGGAAAAGGUGCCCCUUUUUCACGACGCUAGCUUUCGUUCGUUCAGCACUUGUCUUGUUGCAUAGCGUGGAAUAGACGGUAGCUCGUGCAUUUGUCUGAAAACUAUGGCUUCCAUGUCUCAGUCAUUUGCAUCCCUCAUAAUGGCAUGUGUGAAUCUGAUAUUUUCCCUCUUUCUCUCUUUCUUCUUAUCCCUACUCCAGAUUCUCCAAGCUUACAACUCAGUCUAUGGUUCACUUCGACAACCAUCAGCGUGUCACAUCGUUAUUCUACACGAAGCCACUACUAAAAUCAAAACUCAACCACACGUUUUCACACAAUUAAAGGAAACGAUUACUCCGAUCCAAUGCGAAACGCUACACCCAUCCUCCGCCGCACGCCUUCCGGUACGCUCUUCCAUGCAGCCAGCAGUACAGACCAAGUCCACGCCUUCAUCCUCGACAUGCAUGGCACUCCUAUCCGUUUCGACCGACCGCUACCCAUCUUACGUCGUACCGCGUCGGGUCGUCUCUUCCAAGCUCCUAGUCAACCGUUUAGUCGGUCGUGGCGUCUGCACAAUGUAGCCCAUUAAACCCAUGUCGAAGGUGUUGGUUGGAUAGGACGCGUAAGCAUUGUGACUGCACAGCUCACCAUCAUCGAGCGUACUAUCCACAUUGUGCAUACACAUCG